AAGGAGAAAAAGCCUUACUCUCCGUUGCUGUUUAUUCUGUCACAUAUAUACCAAUCUGCACUGGAUUACUGAAAAGGAUGAAGGCCGCACCGCUGGAUAAAGUCCAAUUUUCCAAACGUAAGAGAACGAUACCAACUGCUGGACUACUGGAUGUGAUGCGAAAUGCCGAUUGGAAGGAUUAUAUGUUACUAUUCGGCGGAAUUCAGCUCAGCAUUCUCAACGGGGCCUUAGUGCCCUGCCAAUGCUAUAUUUUCCAAGGGAUGUGCGAUACCCUGAUCAAUGCGGAGCGUAACCAAACUUACACUGAACUAGAUAUGGAGGACUUUUCUUCGAACGUUCUGUAUUACUGUAGUCUAUAUAUAUACCUAGCUAUCACACUUUUGUUGACUGGUUAUCUCUCGAAUGCUUGUUUGUUCACAUUAUGUGAGCGGCGGAUUCACUGUAUUCGCAAGAAAUUCCUGAAAUCAGUUAUGCGGCAAGAUAUGGCAUGGUUUGACACUCAACAAAUAGGAGCCCUCACAGAUAAAAUGAGCAGUGGAAUAGAGCGAUUAAAGGACGGGAUUGGCGAUAAGUUGGGAGUACUGAUGUCAGCACAAGGAAGUUUUUUGGCUGGUAUAGCAUUAGGUUAUUACUUGAGCGCGAAAAUUACGAUGCUGAUGAUAUUUGCGGUGCCAGCUCUUCUCGGAGCCACAAUUGUCUCAACAAAGAUCAUCUCAAGAGCUGCCAAAUCCAAAUCUUAUGCCCAGUCAAGAGCUGGCGGUAUCGCCAAUGAAGUUAUUUCUGGAAUCCGCACUGUUAUGGCAUUCAAUGCUCAGCCGGCUGAAAUUCAUCGAUAUGAAAAAGAGUUGAGAUUGGCGAGAAAUCUCGGCAUACACGAAGGUCUGGUUUUGAGCGGAUUUGCAGGAUUGAACGCUUUUCUUACUUUCGCCGUUAUGUCUAUUUCAUUCUGGUAUGGAACAUCACUUGUUGUCGACGAGGAGGUUACCCCAGGAACAGUUGUCGCUGUUUUCUGGGCAGUGUUGAUCGGUACUCGACGUUUGGGAGAUGCCAUUCCACAAAUGGGAGCGCUUAUCAGUGCGCAACUUGCGGCUGCUGACAUAUUUGCCAUCAUCAAUAGAGUGCCAGACAUUGACAGUACAAAAACGGAAGGUUUCACUCCAGAAAAAAUCACGGGAAAGCUUAGCUUCUCCAAUGUUAACUUUUCUUAUCCAUCCCGACCUGAUGUGAAAGUUCUAAAGGACGUCAGCUACGAGGUGAAUCCGGGUGAAACGGUGGCGUUGGUAGGACAUUCUGGAUGCGGGAAAUCCACGAUGAUUGGACUGCUGCUGCGAUUUUAUGAGCAAACCUCUGAAAAUUCUGGAGUAGUGGCUCUCGAUGGUGUUCCACUUCGCGAAUAUAAUAUCAAAUGGCUAAGAAACGCUAUUGGCGUAGUACAGCAAGAACCUGUUAUAUUCUCGGCUACGGUAGCGGAAAAUGUACGAAUGGGCGAUGACUCCUUGACAGAUGCAGAGGUGGAGGAAGCUUGUCGAAUGGCUAAUGCACUAGAUUUCAUUAAAAAGCUUGGCGAUGGUUUUGAAACAGUCAUCGGUGAAGGCGCUGUGCAACUGUCUGGCGGCGAAAAACAACGCAUUGCUCUUGCUCGAGCUCUGGUCCGCAGGCCACAGAUUCUCAUUCUGGACGAGGCUACUAGCGCUCUGGAUACAGAAAGCGAAAGAGCUGUGCAAGAAGAGUUGAAUGUGGGCAAGAAAAAUCGAACUACAAUCUGCAUAGCGCACAGGCUUUCGACAGUCAAGGAUGCAGACAAAAUCAUAGUUUUCGAGGACGGUCGCAUUGUUGAAAAAGGCACUAAUGAUGAACUAAUGGCAAUAGAAGAAGGAAUUUACAAAGGAAUGGUUAAGGCUCAAGAAAUCGCUCAGGGACAAGAAGACACUACCCUAGAUGAUGUUGAACCAGUGGAUAUGCACAGAAGUGGAUUCACAGAAAAAUCUCCAAACGGGGAAGAGGAAGCAAAGCUGAGAGCAAGAGAUUCUGCGCGUCUUCGUCAAAGUAUGUUAAGUACCUCAACACAAGAGCCCGAAUGGGAGAUUGAAAGCGCCCGUGAAGACAUGGCCGAAGAAGGCGCAGUGGAAGCCUCAUUGUUUGACAUUUUUGAAUAUGCGAAACCGGAAUUUCCAAUGGCUACACUAGCGUUGACAAAUACCAUAAUCCGAGGAUUGACUUGGCCAAUAUUCGCGAUCAUCUACGGAAAAUUGUUUUUGCUGUUUGCCAGUGAAGAUUUGGAUACUGUAGCUGCCGGAAGUACCACGAAUUCGGCGCUUUUCUUUGUGCUUGCAGUCGUAGCCGGUGCAGCCACAUUCGUCUCUGGUGCACUUUAUGGUAUAACGGGAGAAAAAAUGGCAAUGCGUUUGAGAAUGGAUGUUUUCAAGAAUAUCAUGCGUCAAGAUGCCUCCUAUUUUGACAAUCCAAAACACAACACGGGAGCUUUGACUGCUCGUUUGGCAUCAGAUGCACCCAACGUCCAAGCGGCCAUUGAUCAACGAUUUGCUGAAGUGAUGCAAGGAGUCAGCGCGCUCAUUGCUGGUGUCACUGUCGCUUUUUACUACGGGUGGAAUGUCGCUCCUAUUGGUUUGGCUUCGGCUAUAGCGCUAGGAAAGUUCUUUUCCUAUUCGUUUGCUUAUUUAGAACUCGCCAUGAUAGAUAUGAUUGCACAAAUUACUGUCACACAAUAUUUGAAAGUUCGCGGACAAGAAGAUAUGGAAACAGCAGUAGAAGCAAGCAAGAUAGUCACUGAGUCGAUCGCCAACACCAAAACUAUUCAAGCACUGGGAAAAGAAUGCUACAUGUACCAAGCCUAUAAAGCUGCUGCACGUGAACCUCACAGAAGAGCAAUAAUAAGAGGUCUGUGGCAAUCGUUAUCGUAUGCAUUGGCAAACUGCUUUGUUAUGACGAACUUUGCUAUCGUCUAUGCUUUCGGGUUGUGGUUGAUCAGAAAUGGGUGGAGCACUCCAUUUACCGUAUUCCAAGUCAUCGAAGCGCUGAACUUGUCGUCGUACAGUAUGAUGACCGCUGCAUCCUAUCUUCCAGAAUAUAUUCGUGCUAGAAUUUCGGCCGGUGUGAUGUUCACAAUGAUGCGAGAACGACCAAAGGUUGACAACAUGGGCCACCAGGGCGAAAAACCAGAAAUCAAAGGCGAUAUAGUUCUGAGGAACGUCUACUUCUCUUACCCAGCGCGACGGCGAGCGCUUAUUUUACAAGGUGUGGAUAUUUCUGUGAAGCAUGGACAGACUGUAGCUCUUGUGGGACCGAGUGGAUGCGGAAAGAGCACUAUAAUUCAGCUAGUUGAACGAUAUUACGAUGCUCUAUGCGGAUCUGUGACCAUUGAUAAAUAUGAUGUACGCGAUCUAUCCAUUCGUCAUAUGCGCGACAGUAUGGCACUUGUAGGACAAGAACCCACGCUUUUCAACAUGACUAUUAGUGAAAAUAUAAUGUAUGGAAUGGAACGUUGCACACAAGAAGAAGUCGAGCGUGCAGCUCGUUUUGCCAAUAUUCAUGAUUUUAUCAUGUCACUACCAGACGCUUACGACACUGUGGUUGGCACGAAAGGGGCAUUACUGUCAGGUGGUCAGAAGCAACGUAUCGCGAUUGCGCGAGCUAUUGUCAGAGACCCAAAAAUUCUAUUGCUAGAUGAGGCUACAAGUGCUUUGGACACCGGAAAUGAAAAGGUUGUGCAAGAAGCUCUUGACAAAGCACGACAGGGCAGAACUUGUAUAGUGAUUGCGCAUCGUUUGUCAACAGUACAGAAUUCCGAUGAGAUCGUCGUCUGUAAGGACGGCCGUGUGAUUGAGAGAGGAACUCACCAAACACUGCUAGCUAGGAAAGGAAUGUACUAUAAACUCGUAGAACGUCAGAAUCAUUAAGGAAGUCUCUACCACAAGGAGACACUUCGUAGCGAGUAUAUUCAUACUCAGGGUACAGGGUAUAUGCACGUCAUGUGUGAAAUGUAGUAUUGCAAUAAAUUUUCAUUUUGAACAUGU